AUGGAAGUGGUGAAGCUUGCAACAAACAUCUUUCCAAUUCGUACCGAUCCAAAUCGUGAGGUCUACCGCUACGACGUGAGUGCUGACUUGGUGACGGGCGUUGAAACAAGAAACAGGAAUGGAGGAGUGAUCUCAAUGAAUCGAGGACCAAAGGAUGAUACGCUGAUGACUCGUCGUUCGGAAGCAGUUCGUGCCGCUCUCAAAGCGGCUUUGGAGGCUUAUCGUAUUCUCAGUGAAACUGGUGUGACAGUCUUCGAUGGAACUACUAUCCUUUUUUCAAACAAAGACCUCGCUAUGGCUCUGAAACCGCAUAAUGGCACUCUCACUCUGCCUGUGGCACAGCUCCAUCCAAACAUCAGGGGAAGUUAUGUCUUCUAUGGGGCAGGGAAGGUGGCGGCCCUUGUAUUGGAUGCGAAGAUUGGAACUUUUUACAAGGCGAACGGACUUGUUGAAACAAUUGCUCAACUGAACAGAUGGGAAGGCGUUCAUCAAGUUCAAUGGGAUCCGGCUGCAAUCAAAAGGACAAACACUUAUUUGCGCGGUCUACAGAAGGCCAGAAAACCCGAUGAUCGUUGGAAUCUGAUCAAAAACCAUCUCGACGAGCUUGAUCUUUCCAGGAACUCUCCAAUUAUGGCUGGAUUUGGCAUCUCUGUUGAUUCAAAGCCUUUCCAAGUUACUGGCUUCCGUCGACCUGCUCCGAAAGUUCAAUCGGGCGAAUCGAGAUCUGUGCCUACAGAUUUAAAGAAAGCUGGCUGGAAACAAGGAAAAGAAACUUACACUGAGGGCGCUGUUGUGGACAAGCUUUACAUUGCAUGGAAUGAAAACCCACAAGUUCUACCACAAAUUCAAGCGUUUGCCGAGCGUUUCAAGAUCGAAACGGACCGCAAAGGAAUAACAAUUCGCUCACUUGAAGUCGAAAAUGCGCCAACAAAUCUUGACGAUGAAGUUCGAACUGGAAAUCUAUUUGCCAAGGCAAAGAAUCAACGCAAAAUCCUCGGUGCAAGAGCUACGAUCAUGAUCAUCUACAUUUCAAACAAGUUCGUUGAUCCUGCUGGCCGAAUUCCAGAAACGAGGUCUCAUGGGCUCCUGAAAUUCUUGGAAGCGAAACAUCAAAUUGUGACGCAACAUCUGGCAACGGAAAAUAUCCUCGGCAAAAAGCAAUACGACAACUCAAUUAAGCCGAUAGAUAAUGCGACUAUGGAGAACAUUCCCAACAAGUUCAAUUUGAAGGCAUUUGGAUUAAAUUAUACGAUUGUGCCGGAA